CAUAACUUAUUCUCUAGAUGUCUCUAUAUUCUAUGCAGUAAUAAGUUUCCUUUCUAGUACAUAUUCAUGAAGUUGUGAAUUUUUAAAGUAGUUUAAAAUAUUUCAAUUUGUUGAUAGUGUAACACGUGGAAAAUCAGUGAACAUGGCGGCUGUUGGAGCUGCAAAAGUUCAAGAAGUUCGUGAAAUUACAAGGAUAGAAAGAAUUGGAGCUCAUUCUCAUAUUAGAGGUUUAGGCUUGGAUGAUAGCUUGGAGCCUCGUCAUGUAUCUCAAGGAAUGGUUGGUCAGCUUAUGGCUCGCAGAGCAGCAGGAGUUGUUCUUGAAAUGAUUAAAGAUGGUAAAAUAGCAGGUAGAGCUAUAUUAUUGGCAGGCCAACCUGGUACUGGAAAAACUGCAAUUGCUAUGGGAAUGGCACAAGCUUUAGGAAUGGAUACUCCAUUUACUUCAAUGGCAGGUUCUGAAAUAUAUUCUUUAGAAAUGAGUAAAACUGAAGCUCUGACUCAAGCUAUUAGAAAAUCUAUUGGUGUUAGAAUUAAAGAAGAAACAGAAAUUAUUGAAGGUGAAGUUGUUGAAAUUCAAGUGGAUAGACCUGCUACAGGUGUAGGUGCUAAAGUUGGUAAACUGACAUUAAAAACAACAGAGAUGGAAACAAUUUACGAUUUAGGAAAUAAAAUGAUUGACAGUUUGAUGAAAGAAAAAGUACAAGCUGGAGAUGUGAUCACAAUUGAUAAAGCUACAGGAAAAAUAAACAGAUUGGGAAGAUCAUUUACUAGAGCUCGUGAUUAUGAUGCAACUGGUUCUCAAACUCGUUUUGUACAAUGUCCUGAGGGUGAAUUACAAAAACGCAAGGAAGUUGUACAUACAGUAACUUUACACGAAGUUGAUGUUAUAAAUAGUAGAACCCAUGGAUUUUUGGCAUUAUUUUCUGGCGACACGGGAGAAAUUAAAUCAGAAGUACGAGAGCAAAUAAAUGCUAAAGUUGCCGAAUGGCGUGAGGAAGGAAAAGCUGAAAUCGUUCCAGGUGUUUUAUUCAUCGACGAAGUUCAUAUGCUUGAUAUUGAAUGCUUCUCAUUUCUCAAUCGAGCACUCGAAAAUGAAAUGGCACCAGUCGUUAUUAUGGCGACAAAUAGAGGUAUUACUAGAAUCAGAGGAACAAAUUACAAAAGUCCACAUGGUAUUCCAAUAGAUUUGUUGGAUCGUAUGAUUAUUGUUCCAACGAGUCCUUAUCAAGAGAAAGAAUUGAAAGAAAUUUUAAAAAUAAGAUGUGAAGAAGAAGAUUGUGAAAUGGCGGAUGAUGCUUUAACAGUUCUUACUAGAAUCGCACUGGAAACGUCAUUAAGAUAUGCAAUUCAAUUGAUUACGACUGCUUCUCUCGUUAGUCGACGAAGAAAAAGUACAGAAGUCAAUAUUGAUGAUGUGAAGCGUGUUUAUUCACUGUUUCUCGAUGAAAAUAGAUCUACUCAAUUCCUAAAAGAAUAUCAAGAUGACUUUAUGUUUAAUGAAAUACCGGAAGAACCAAUGGAAAUAUCGUAACGAUAGGUAAAUAAAUAAAAAUUUUGGAUGUUCAAUAAAAGUUUAUAAUUUUUUACUUA